AUGAGUAAAUUGAAUAUUCGAGACUUCGCACAAGGCAAGCAAGAUUCGGGCGAUACACCAGCAUCGAGGGACAGGGGAAAAACGUUCUCAGACCCCAAUGCCACCAGAGAGAUUCUUGCCGAUCGUCUUACCAAUGAGGAAAUAUUCAGGUUGGCUUGCGCGAUGGAAGAGGUCCGCGAAGCGCGACCUGGGCCAUUGACUGGCACCCAAGGGCAUGUGAGCUUUUCUGAUGCUUUCGACGGCGACAUCGACUCUGUAAGCGAGAGUACCUGCAAGAUUGAAUUGGUCCCCAAAAAUGCAGACACUCGUGGAGACAACCGCAAAAAACAUGCCAGGAAGCAGACAAUGAUUGACUGCCGCUCGAUCCUGACACCUCCCGACGUAAAUGAGCAGCCUCAACAAGCCAAGCGAAGUGCAAGCCAGGUUCAAAGUAGCAGCCAACCAAAAUGGAACUCAGGAGGCUCUGGCCAGCCCGGCAAAUUUGUCUUCCCAUCCAAAGAAUUCAAAUCCUGA